AUGUUGGGUAAUCAGAGCUCAGUGGCGUCGGCCCCGUCGGCCCCCGCCGCUCAUCGCACCUACUCCGACGAUGGGCUGCCAUGGCCGAACCGCAAGUCGGACUUUGUUGGCACGCUGGUCCCCUUCCUGGUUCUGGCGUGGGCCGCCGUGGCUCUUCGGCUCUACACUCGAUUCCGGAUCGUGCGGGCUCCCGGGUGGGACGACCUUUUCAUCGCUAUCGCGCUGGUCGCUGGGUCAGUGAGUGGGAUCAGCUUGGCCGUUGCGACCAACUAUGGCAUGGGACAUCACAUAUACGAGAUACCCCGAGGGGAUCUGGAGACUCUGUUCUUGCUGUUUUACCUCUCAAACGCCUCUUUCACCAUGAGCAAUGCUAUCGUCAAGGUCUCACUGCUUAUUCAGUAUCUCCGGACUUUCGUGGACCCGCGACUACGGCGGCUUUGUGUUGCGCUUACCUUUGUUACUUGCGCAUACGGCCUCGCAUUUGGGUUCUUGGCCUGGUUUCCGUGCAUCCCAGUGGAGGGUUUCUGGCGGCGAGACUUGAAGGCGUUUUGCUAUGCAUAUGGCUCCACAGACCAAACUCAAGUAUACCGGGCGGUGAUUUCUGCCAAUGUCAUCAACAUGGCACUCGACGUCAUGAUUUUCAUCCUUCCGAUUCCUCUACUUUUCCGGAAUGACACCGUACGUAAUACGAAGAUCGGGCUUUUGGCUUUAUUCGGUCUGGGUAUCAUUAUUAAUAUAAUUGCCGGCUUGCGCCUCGCUUCCAACGAGGGUUUGGAUCGUGAGGGCUUGAACGAGGAUCUGACGUUCAACCUUCCCCGCAUAUUUGUACUCGGCGAGGCGGAAAACAGGCUCUCGACAAUUCUCGCCUCGAUCCCCGUCUUCUGGCCAGUCGUCACGCAGAAGAUCCAGGAGAUCUUCAUCACGAGGGAGUUCAGGGUCGAGAGCACGUAUCAGAUCUCCUCCGAACCCCACCGGCACUGGAAGGACGAUGAGAGCCGGCCAGACCGGUAUAAGGGGAGGCAGGGGGGUGGGGACGACAUCGAAAUGCAGACUCCGCAGUCUGGGGCGUUUGGCAAGGGGGGACUAGAGUACCAGGAGGACGAAGUCCUCGAGGCGGGCGUACGACACCCCGGAAGGCGGAUUGAUUUGGACAGCUACACUCUUGCCUUGGUCAGGCCGUUCUCAGAGACCGAGGACGCAAAGCCGAAUGUCAUCUAUGAGGUCAGGGCAGAGGGCACGUCGCACAAAUAA